AUGGCCCCGGGGGAGCUGCUGACCUCCGGCCCCGAGCCCCCAGCGCAGGUGAGCCAGCCAGGGGAGCGUGACAGGUGGGCGCGCGUGGGCUUGGGCAUGGAAAGGGAGGCCGCCGCGGCUGCCGGGUGGGCAUCUGUGGACACGCGUGGGGGGCCCCACAGCCGGGCCCCUCUCUGGCUGCGCGCCCACGUGGGUGGCCUGCUCUUCAGCCUGGGCUGCGCGAUCCAGCGGCACUGUGGCAAGGUGCUUUUCGUGGGGUUGCUGGCCUUCGGGGCCCUCGCACUGGGCCUGCGUGGGGCUGCCGUAGAGACAGACCUGGAGCGCCUCUGGGUGGAAGCGGGCAGCCGAGUGAGCCAGGAGCUACGUUACACAAAGGAGAAGCUUGGGGAAGAGGCCGUGUACACCUCCCAGACCCUGAUCCAGACUGCCCGUGGAGCCAGCGAAAGCGUCCUCACCCCUGAGGCCCUGGGCCUCCACCUGCAGGCUGCCUUGGCAGCUAGCAAAGUCCAAGUUUCCCUCUAUGGAAAGUCCUGGGAUCUGAACAAAAUCUGCUACAAGGCAGGAGUCCCUGUCAUUGAGAAUGGGAUGAUUGAACGGAUGAUUGAGAAGUUGUUUCCCUGCGUGAUCCUCACCCCACUGGACUGCUUUUGGGAGGGAGCCAAACUUCAGGGGGGCUCUGCAUACCUACCGGGCCGACCAGAUAUUCAGUGGACCAAUCUGGACCCUGAACAACUUCUGGAAGAACUAGGCCCCUUUGCCUCCCUCGAGGGCUUCCGGGAGCUCCUGGACAAGGCCCAAGUGGGCCAGGCCUAUGUUGGGAGGCCCUGCCUGCACCCUGAUGACCCCCACUGCCCAGCCAGUGCGCCUAAUCACCAUAGCAGGCAGGUCCCAGACAUCGCGCGGGAGCUGAGCGGCGGCUGCCACGGCUUCUCACGCAAGUUCAUGCACUGGCAGGAGGAGCUGCUGCUGGGCAGCCCGGUGAGGAGCCCUCAGGGCCGGCUGCUCAGGUGGGGAGCCCCCGAGGGAGGGGGGGUGCGGGGUCCCUGCGGCUCAGGGGCUGCUCAAGACUUACUGGGCCAGUUAGCUGGGACGGGACGGGGGCAGGUGUGUCGGCCACUGCCCUGUGCCCGCUGGAACCUGUCUCGAUUUGCCCGAUGUCGGUACGCACCCCUGCUGCUGCAGCCGCGAACCAAGGGCCUGGUCCUGGUGCUGUUCGGGGCCCUGCUGGGACUGAGCCUGUAUGGAGCCACCUGGGUGCAAGACGGGCUGACCCUGACAGAUGUGGUGCCCCGGGGCACGAAGGAAUAUGAUUUCCUGGCUGCCCAGAUCAAGUACUUCUCCCUGUAUGAGGUGGCCCUGGUGACCCAGGGCGGCUUCGACUACGCCCGCUCCCAAAGGGCCCUGCUGGACCUGCACAGCCGCUUCAGCGCCCUCAAGUCUGUGCUGGCGCCACAGCCUCCCCGAAGUUGGCUGCAUCGCUACAGCACCUGGCUCCAGGGAGUCCAAGCUGCCUUUGACCAGGACUGGGCAGCUGGACGUAUCACACACCACUCGUGCCGCAACGGUUCUGAGGACGGUGCCCUGGCCUACAGGCUGCUGAUCCAGACGGGAGACGCCAAGGAGCCCCUGGACUAUAGCCAGCUGGACAAGCGGAGGCUCGUGGAUGCUGACGGCCUCAUCCUGCCUGAGCUCUUCUACGUUGGGCUGACCGUAUGGGUGAGCAGAGACCCCUUGGGCCUGGCCGCCUCCCAAGCCAACUUCUAUCCCCCUCCCCCCGAGUGGCUUCACGACAAAUAUGACAGCACAGGCGAGAGCUUGCACAUCCCUGCGGCCCCGCCCCUGGAGUUUGCCCAAUUCCCUUUCCUGCUGAGCGGACUCCGACAGACGGCGGACUUCGUGGAGGCCAUUGAGGGGGCCCGGGCUGCCUGUGAAGAGGCGGGCCGGGCGGGGAUCCGAGCCUACCCCAGCGGCUCCCCCUUCCUCUUCUGGGAACAGUACCUAGGCCUCCGUCGCUGCUUCCUGCUGGCCGUCUGUGUGCUGCUGGCCUGCACCUUUGUGGUCUGUGCCUUGCUGCUGCUCAGCCCCUGGACAGCUGGGCUCAUUGUGCUGGUGCUGGCCAUGAUGACUAUGGAGCUAUUUGGCAUCAUGGGCUUCCUAGGCAUCAAACUAAGCGCCAUCCCCGUGGUAAUUCUCGUGGCUUCCGUGGGCAUCGGUGUUGAGUUCACGGCUCAUGUGGCUCUGGGCUUUCUGACAGCCACGGGCAGCCGGGAUGUGCGCUCAGCCCAGGCCUUGGAGCACAUGUUUGCACCUGUGAUGGAUGGGGCUGUGUCCACGUUGCUGGGACUACUCAUGCUGGCUGGGUCAGACUUUGACUUUAUUGUAAGGUACUUCUUUGUGGUGCUGACAGUUCUGACGGGCCUGGGUCUGCUUCACGGGCUUGUUCUGCUUCCUGUGCUGCUGUCCAUCCUGGGACCCCCGCCCCAGGUAUCUCUGCCAGAUGGAGGCAGCCACCUGCCCCACCCUGACCCAGUAUCACUGCCCCUCAGUCCUCCUCACUUCUUCCUGGGCCCGAGCCCAGCCUUCAGGGGCCCUGAGACAGGAGCAGGGGAUGCCUCCAGCACCUUCAUCCUGCCCCCAGCUCACUCCCACAUCUUGGUGGAGGCCAGCAAGGACCCCAGCUUCCCGACCAUCACGGUGGUACGGACAUACAAGGACAGCCCUCCUGGACCUGGCCUCCCCUCCCUCACAGCCACAGGGGGAAGUGAGGCCCACUGGGGGACGCAUGCAAGCCCAGGCGCCUUUACCACUCUGACGGCCUCAGUCACUGUGGCCCUGCACCCACCGCCACUGCCAGGCAGCUAUGUCCAGGAGGUCUCUGAGGAACCCGGGCAUCCUAUGGCCACAGAGCCCAAGGGACCUGGCCCCCGCUGCUAGGAUGGACCUGGCAGCAUCUAUGCAAAGCAGCUCUGAUGCUGUAGUAUCACCUGCCUCCAAGGGAGGAGUGUGUGAGUGUGUGUGCGUGUGUGUGUGUGUGUGUGUGUGUGUGUGUGUGUGUGUGCACGUGUGCACUCUCGCACCCACCUGUCCAGGUGUCCCUGAGCACCUCGGCCCAGGCCCUUCCACAGCUGCCCUGAGGGCUUCAGUGACAUCUGCACAGGAACCCAUCCUUUCCUCUGAAGGGUCUGUCCAUCUGUCUGUCUGUGUCCCUACCUGCCCCUCUCCUGUCCCAGAAGUUAUUUAUAUGAAGAGAUUUAUUUUUGUAAAGCUGAUGGC